UAAACUUGCAAAACAUCACUAUAUUUACUUGUAAAACCAUGUCCUACAUAGGAGUUUGUUUGACCUGUUAGCCAUCUUCCAUGUUUUAGACCUCUGGCAGAGGUGUCUUUGGGGGACAUUGGUCAGCAGCACAAGAAACGUCACAGAAGUCCUCCAGCAAAAUAGAUGAGGAGGGCCUAGAACUUGCAGUUUGCCAGCAUGGUGUUCUUCUUUGUGCCCUUAAUAUGUUCAGGGGGGAGGUUUUUGCUUACCCCUGUACCUCCAGAAAAAAAAUGGCUUGUAAGCCGGUGAAAUUUUUUGCUAUGGAUGUUGCGUGCAAGUACUGGCCUUACCUCCAGAGAGGGAACGAGAGAUGCCCUGAGCUUCAGGAUCUGCUCUCAAUGAAGCCAUUUCUAUCAGUGUUUCAUGCCAAAGCCCACGACUUCAAAUGUGAGGUAAAAUGGAGUGGGGCAUACCAGGAGGGGGCUGGUUUGACUCUUGGGGAGGAGGUGGAGCAAUGCAAUGCCUUCCUCUCGAGAAUUGCUGUUACCACAAAGCACAUGUCAAAAGCAGGACGCACAGACAUGCUCACAGUCAUGGCCAUGUGCUGGAAUCAGCAAAAGUUUAACAACUUGGCUUCAACACUUGCCUGCCGAUAUCAAAAGGCCACAAUAGCUCUGCAAAGACAGUUGCAUAAUUUUGAGGCCAUGAAAACUGAAAUGGCAGUUACAGAUGAUCAACUGGAGGGCUGGAUCACUGAUGUCAAUGAGUGGGCAGAAGCAACAACAUCCCCAAAUGAUGCUGAUGUUGCUGUUGUGGCCAGACGAAUUGAGGAGCUGGUCACCAAGGAGGUCCCAACGUCUUUAUAA